AUUGCUUUCAUUUAAAGGCACGUUGGACCGAGCAAUCGUGAAUACUCUCUAACCAAAACAAAGUAGAUCAUAGAGAACGCCCACACAAAACUGAAACAUUACAGCGGCGAUUUUCUAACGUAUAAAAGGUACAUGAUAGUGCAAGUUCCAAGCCCGUGCAAAAGAAAUACAUCAAAAUAGUUCCGCUUUGAAGAAUUGAAAAAGAUGUCGGUCAUGCUCGUCUUCCUCUUCGCCAUGAUGAUUUUCCCUUCGCUGGCCUUGGAUGAGACAAACGGAAAGGAACAUAAAGACGAUGCUGAGUUUCAAACCUUUCAUCGCCGACCCAAACCAUCCUGCAUAUGUGGUGUAACCUCAGUGAAAUGCUGCCGGAGGAAAAGAAUGUUUUCAAAGGUUAGUUUCGGAUCCCAGAAUGAUAUUGUGAUGGUAGCGUGAGGACUUAUAUCCUUAUGAGGUUUCUUAAUUAUUUUAUUAUUUUCUUCGUAAAUUGCCCUUUAUGCCAAAGUAAAUACGAAAGAAACCCUCCUAAAACUAGAUGUAUAGCUUCCAUAUCCCAUAUAACUUCUAUUUUCCUCCCGUUACUCAAUUUUUUUGCGAAGAGAUUUUAUUUAAAGAGAUAUUCGAAAAGCUAACUUCUGUUCUCCGACUUACUAUAGAUAUUAAAGGCAGACAAUUAAUUUGCUGGUCAGUCAAAAUCGGGGAUUAAAUUCCAAGCAACCACUUCAAAUGCUGAGUUGCAGUGUUCUUCUUAACCACAAGGCUUUUUCUUACCUUGAAAAAAUAAUUCGCUUACCGAGUUGCCAUGCAUUUGUUAUAUAACAAUAAUGUGAUCAGCAGACUGUGAGAGUUUAAUGCGAUAAAUUAUUUGAAACCCCAAUAUUUCAAGAUUUAAGGGUUGCCGAGACACAGAUUUCUUUUUUAAAUUUUCUCGUCUCUUUAAAUGGCCAGUUUAUCACUUGAAAAAUAUUACAAUCAAGCUUACAUGUCCGUCUCCCUCUUAAUUUGACUGAAACGUUCACAGAUAAUACUCUCAGACUCAAUGAAAAUGUCGAUCCCAGAGAUACAGCAAUAUGUGUUCAUUCUCUGUGCCGUGGAGAUUUCCCAAAAAAAUAUGACAACUUGUAAUGAUCACGAGCUUCAUCUCUGUUCCAUACCUUUACCGAAAUAUCUUUCUAAAUGUGGGAGCUAUUGGAGAGUCUUGAUGAUUCCGAAACUUUAAUUCCACUUGAGAAAUUCUGCGAGAUCUUCCAUCGUCGGAUUAAAUUUUCCAAGAUUAUUUGCCUAUUCCUAGCCUGUUCCUUACCCAGAUGAAAUCAUAAUAGUUUUGGCCUUGCAGAUCGAGUGAAAACGUUACACGAAGUUUCCAAAUUUGUCAGAAAAUGGAUCAAAAAUGUGACUAUGGCUCUGGUGAAGGAAGCUAAUGGUAUAGAUCGGGAAUGGAAAGUUAUGGAAGUAACAUUUUGCUUGCACAAUAACAAUGAAAUUCCCAAAAACGUAUUGGCACAACUGUUCAUGAGCUUCUAGAUUGAUAUUCUUAGGCACGUCCUCUCUUUUCACUUGACUGAAAAAUAAUUUGAUAAAUAAGUAUUUCAUCAUUUUGUUUUCUUUUUAUAGAUGGGGUAUAGUGAGCUUAAUGCUUAUGCCAAGAAUGGAGGACAACUUCGGGAAUAAAGAGUACAACUCAUGAUGCGGACGUCAAAGAUGGCUCUUGAUGUCACUGUUUUCACACCAAUUUGGAAAAUGAGUUAUUUCAGGAGAGCAUAAAAUUAAAAAUAGCUACGGCAUGCUUACAAUUAAUUUUCAGCUAUUUUUGUUAAUCGGCGGAAAAAUAAAGGUUUUAAAGGAAUAGUUUUCGUGCGAGUUCGCUGAAUGCACGCGGGCCUAAUAGCACAGAUAUGAUAUACACUUUGAUCAAAAUAAAAUACUGUUUGGCAAUUUUAUUUAUUCUUUUAGCUUUAGCUUCACCAUUAAAAUAAUACUGACA